UCCCCCUCGGACGAGGCUGGUUCUCCGAGUGAGGCAGCGGCGGCUCGUCCUGAGCUUCGGCGAUGGCGGUUUCUGCUGCGGCUCUUUGUCGGCGCUGAUUUGAACCUGCGGGCUUCGUAGAUCCAUUUGCGUUGGCCGCUGCUCAUUUUAUCCGCAUGGGGUGAUUUUAAGGAGGGGACGGGGUUGAUGUGAAGAGGCGGUGUCGCUAUGAGAGAAUCCAAAUUUUAUCCCUCAGUCAUAAUAUAAUUAUCCAUUCAGGAUGUUUUCCUGUAAACGUCAACGGUUUAUGGGGAGGGACCAGUGGAAGGGCACGUUAUUAAGCUACUUAUAAAUAUUAUCCUGCUCUGGGCUCUCUUCAUCAUCUACUGGGGUUGGUGACAAAUUUACACAGGAAGAUCCCAGUCACUGCCACCAGCACUUGCUCCUCCGAUUCCAACUCCCACUCCCUCCGCCCUCCUCCUCUUCCCUCCUUGUUGCAGAUGAAGCGGUGUAAAUCUGAUGAGCUGCCCCUGGAUGAAGAGCAGGGGGUGAAGGCAGGGGCUGGCGCUGAUGCUGCGGCUCGACAGCAGCGUGAUGUUGCUUCUUCAGAGGUCGGCUGCCCAUCGCUCUCUUUGCCAACAUCGACCCGCAGCAUCAAAACUCAAGAUUCAAAGAAAAUCCAGCAAAUAUCGGAAGGAGGUGGUUCAGGUGGUAUGUUUGGACAUGGUUUGAAGCAGCUUUUCCAUCAUCGAAAGCGGUCUCGGGAGCGUGAACAGAGUAUGCAGGAUACAUCCCAGCUCUGCCACCAUCCUUAUGGUUACUCCGAUCAUGACUCUGCCGAUGAAAAGGAGCGAUCUCCUGAAAUGCACCGCGUGUCCUAUGCUGUGUCCCUUCAUGAUCUUCCUGCUCGUCCCACAGCCUUCAACAGGGUAUUACAGCAGAUCCGGGCAAGACCAUCCAUUAAGAGAGGAGCUAGUCUCCACAGCAGCAGCAGGCGAACAAAAAGUGGAUCAAGUGAAGCCCAGAAAGGAAGUCCUCAUCUUGUGCGCAAAGCACCUCAGGAUAGUUCACUGACUGCAAUCCUGCAACAGCAUCAAUACAGGCCCAGGUCAUCAUCCACUACAGACACCUCAGUUACUGUCGGUGAUAUUAACAUUGCAGCAGGAGAAGAGCCAGAAAGAACCACUGACAAGCUUGAAAAGGGAGAUGUGAGUUCACUUACCCUACCAGCAAACACAAGCUACGGAGGCUCAGACACCAACAUCAGCCUUGAAGUGCCUGAUGGCACCCCAGACCCUCAUAAGACAAAAGCUGCCAUAGAUCAUCUUCAUCAGAAGAUCCUGAAAAUCACAGAGCAGAUAAAAAUCGAGCAGACUGCCCGAGAUGAAAAUGUUGCAGAGUACUUGAAACUGGCAAACAAUGCAGACAAGCAACAAGCUUCCCGCAUCAAGCAAGUCUUUGAGAAGAAGAACCAGAAAUCGGCACAGACAAUUUCCCAGUUGCACAAGAAGCUUGAUCACUACCGCAGGAAGCUAAAAGAGAUAGAACAAAAUGGUCUUUCGAGGCAGCCAAAGGAUGUUCUACGGGACAUGCAGCAAGGUCUGAAGGAUGUGGGUGCCAAUGUCAGAGCUGGAAUCAGUGGAUUUGGAGGGGGUGUAGUGGAAGGUGUGAAGGGAGGAUUAUCUGGCCUUUCUCAAGUCACUCACUCAGCUGUAGUUUCCAAACCAAGGGAGUUUGCAAGCCUGAUACGAAACAAGUUUGGCAGCGCUGACAACAUUGCCCAUUUGAAGGACACGAUGGAUGAGUCACACCAGGAGGAGGCCACCAGGACUCUAAGUGGCAGUGCUACAUUAGUAUCAAGUCCCAAGUAUGGAAGCGAGGAUGAAUGUUCCAGUGCCACUUCUGGCUCUGCGGCUGGUAGUAACUCUGGGGCAGGAGCUGGAGGCAUGGGGAGUCCAAAAUCAAAUACGUUGGAUAGUCAUCACAACAAUUUCGAUACUAUCCUGGAUGAACUUCGCGAAAUUAAAGAUGGUCAGUCCCAUUUAGAGGAUGCAAUGGAAGAUUUGAAAGGGCAACUACAAAGAGACUAUGCCUACAUGACACAGUGCUUGCAGGAAGAACGAUACAGGUAUGAGCGUCUAGAAGAGCAGUUGAAUGAUCUGACAGAGCUUCAUCAAAAUGAAAUGUCUAACCUGAAACAGGAACUUGCCAGUAUGGAGGAAAAAGUGGCUUACCAGUCGGAUGAGAGAGCCAGAGAUAUCCAGGAAGCUCUGGAGUCGUGUCUUACCCGGAUUACCAAGUUGGAACUUCAGCAGCAACAGCAGCAGGUGGUGCAGCUGGAAGGUGUGGAGAACGCUAAUGCACGGGCACUUCUGGGCAAAUUCAUCAAUGUCAUCCUAGCACUCAUGGCUGUCAUAUUGGUGUUCGUCUCCACUAUUGCCAACUUCAUCACUCCCCUCAUGAAGACACGGUUCCGGGUUCUAAGCACACUACUACUAGUGCUGUUCCUUGUUUCUCUGUGGAAGCAAUGGGACAAUAUUGUAUACUUCUCAGAACAGAUCUGGUUGCCCAGUUGAUCUCGAUACAUUUGAUAACCAGCGGAUGGCGCAGUUUUUUUUUAAACAAGGUUUUUGGAACUUGUUAAUUUUCUCUUCUCGUCCACUGCCUUUGCCACUUCUCAUUGAAAACAUGUUCAGUUUAUGGGCACGUGCAACUGUGCAAUUUGUGACAAGAUGAAGCCCAGACAAAAGGCAGAAGACAGCUGAUCAAACCACUCCUUUUUUGUAGAAGGUUUUAAACGAAAAGGGUCUGAGAAAUUGUUUGCACAUACACUGAUGCAAACAAUGAAGGAAUGCAAUAUGAGGAAGACAUUGCUCUUACUGUACUGUACCAUUUCAGUAUUUUUUUUUGUUUUCUUGUUAACUUAUAACAAAUAUUUAAUUUUUUUGAGGGAGGAGCAGGGAGAGAAAAUGUAUUGUUUGCGUGAGUGCUUAUAUAUUUAUUAUAACUAAUAUACAUUCGAUUAUAUAACAAAAAUGGUUUGCAAAAUCACUUAAACUUAAUCACAUUGCACAUUCCUGUUUAUGUGAAGCAAUCUGUGAAACUCGUUCAAGUUAAUUUCUAAGGCACUUGGUGGAGAACUGUCAGAGAUAAUUUUGUUAGACAGCUCAAGUAACCGGUGAAGGAAAUUUCAUUUGGGAAUGUUUGCAAUGAAGAAAUGGUUAGAAUAUUGGAGGAAAAUUCUUAGCUGCUCUUGGCAAUGCAUUACUCCUGCAAUGGACCAUUUCUUUUAGUUUAAAUUUUCCAGCGUUGCAUUCUUCUCAAUAUACUUGUUUGCUGCUGCCAGUGAUCUGUGGUGCACUGGCUCUAAAUGAAAUGGUAAGCGGGUGCAUUACGGAAUAUUGAACGUAGGAAGUCUAAGGAUCUCUCUUCAGUAGGAAGUAGGUACAUUUAUAACGUUGAAAAACAUUUGAGUGUGUCUUUAGGAAUUAAGACCAUCAUGGUAAAUGCUACUAAUUAAAUUAUUUACAUUUUUAAAUGCAUUUAAGUACGAUAGUUUAUUGCACUUUGUUCUCCCCACUAAUACAUAGCAUUUGAUCUGUUAACUAAGCAGUGGCUUUGCCCUGUGACCAUACUGAAUCCAGUGCUUAAAAGCAAGAGGAACUUGUUGGGAUAGAUAUUAAAAUUGCACAAGGUAGAUUCCAUCCCUCUCCCAUGCUGCAACAAUGCCAUAUUGUUGAAGAGUAUGUUGGAGGGUGGGGUGGGGGGGGGGGGUGUGUGUGUGUGUGUGUUUCUCUCGAGAACUUCAUCAGAACAUAGUGAUUUUUUCCAACCUUUUUCUUUGACAUUGUUUUAAAAAAUAUUUUUAUUUGUAAGCAGCAUUUGGAGGAAGAACAGAAGAGUAUUUCCCUCCCCAAAGCAGCAACUAAAUAAACAAUACCUGAUAGAUCAAAUGUUUAUCAAUGUUGAUCACCUUUUUGCUUUCUACUCCUUUAUCCUCUUAUUUUCACAGACCAUUGUGAACAAAGGAUGAACAAAUGCCUUAAUGGAUUGCUUAUUUUAUAUCAAUAAACAUGAAGUGAGGAACUCUCUGCAACACUGUAAGGGAGAGGUCCAGUUGAAACACUGUAAGAAGGAAAUCGUGGCACAAACCUACACAGCAAGCAAAAUCAUUACGUGUAGGCCAUAAAAUGGGCUGCAGAACAAUCACAUGGCUGUUUCUCAUUAAAAGUAAGCAGAUUCUAAAUCAAACCACCAGCCAUACAUUUGGUGAAGAAAGUGCUUCUGCCAUUUUAAUCUCAUCCAACUAUGUGGAGGUCACUUAUUUGCCCUAUUUCACAUCUUCUAUCCUGGUGAUCUAUGGUUUUAUUGAUGUUUAAUGCUGACUCUCACAAUUCUAAUGAGUGUUUGAAGCAAGCAUUGUUUGUACAAUGGCACAUUGGAUGGAGUGAGGGAGGGCAGCUGUGAUAAGAUUCCUCCAUCACAUAAUUGAUAGUGAGAUGUAAGUAUCAAUAACUGUUAGAUGGAAUGCAGGGGGAAGAUUUCCCAAAGACUACCACAUCUCAACACUUGCUUUUCUGCUUUAGUUAGAACAUGCAGCCUGUCUGCUAGUGCCAGAUGUGGUUAAGAUGGUAGUAAUGUUACUUGAGUCAGUGCACAUGGAGACAGUGUGGCAUUGUUGAAGACCUGUCAGCUCAUGUUGCUGGGCAUGAGCAAGUUUAUAUCACACAUUCAGGAGGAAGUAGAGAUGUUUUCCUACUAUCCUAGCCGACAUUAAGUAGCAUUAGAAAAGCUAAUUUUCUGCCUGCUAUCAAAUUGCAGUUUACAGUUCAGUUUGCAAGAUGUCUGCUGAGUUUCCUUUAUUUUUAUAAGUAUUUCUACAGUUUUAUUACUUCAUCUGUAUGAAGGGCACUGUGAAAAUGCAAUCUUGCACAAAAGGCAUUGUCAAGCUGAGUACUAAUUUGAUAAGAUAUGUUAAUUUAACAGUCCAGAGUUACUGGAACUAGAUGUAUAGGCUCACUGGCCUGAAAAUCAAUGGGAUUGGAAGUAAUUUGCUGGAAUCUGCCUGGGCUGUGGUCAUGGUUAUUAUGAAGGCUCACUGUGCAAAUAUAUUAGACAGUACUGCUCGUGACUCAAAUAAAGGAGAAGGUCCCAGAUUUAUUUGUCAAAUUGUAGCGGCAAGGGUGGUAGGAAGACACACAUUGGCUUCAGUUGGGGAAGGGAAAUCAGAUAUGGUUCUGUCUGCUGACCCAUAUUUAACAACUUCUGCAUGUGUUCACAUGCUGAGGUCGAGUGAGGCUCCAUUGGGCUAAAUCCACAACUGAGCAGCAUUCCUGGUGCACAAGAAGGACCGCUUGAGCAAGGUAGAGAGUGAAACUGCGUCAAAGCAAAGAGUCUACGUUAAGCAGGGAAGCAGAGAGAGAGAGAGAAACUUUUGAAAAUGGGAAUUAAAUAGUGUACUUGUAUUGCAAUUAAACCUAAUCACAGCAUAUUUGCUGCUAGUAUAAUGUGUGAGGAUGUGGUGUCAGCGGGAUCUAACUAAUCCAUCAGUAAUACACUUUGUAUAACAGGAAGGGCGAUAUUGCAAGGUAAUAUGCUGUUAACACAGUUGAAGUUCUCACCAUUUAGGAAGGGAUGUGCUUUCCUGUAUGGGAACAUCACGAGGAAGUAGGAGUGUGCAGCAUGAAGGUCAUUUUCAAAUCUCCAGUGUAACAAGACAUCUUUUAAUAUAUAAAAAAAUAAAAUGAUAUAGGGGUGUUUACUUUCUAAUUUGCUUGACACAGAUUUAUAAUGUUUAUUUUUCCAGUUUUAUUUCCCAGAUGUACAUUUAUUAGGGAAGCUGAUUUUGUAAACUAUGCUAUACCAUUGCCCUCCUGACAACAAUGGUAUUAAAAAAACUUCUGAUAAGAAGGUUUAUAAUAUGACAAGUUUACCUGGGUGUUUCCAUCAAUAAUGGGCAUAGGGAUUUGUAUUGAAAACUUAAGGACAAACUUAAAAUAUGGAUUGGAUUAUGCUUGAAUGGCUUGGUCUAUUUACCAUCAUUCCCAACACCAUGGGACAGUGAUCAGUGAAAUACAUUAAAAUAAUUCAGAAUAAUGUUCAAGUCAAUAGAUUACUGGAACUAAGAAUUACAAGUAGGUUGUAUAAAAUAAGAUGAUCACUGACCCACUUAUUCAUGUGAAUAAUUACUAGUCCUAAAGGACCAUGAUUUAAAACUUGGUAUUUGGUUUUGUUAGUUUGAAACUAGCAAAUCUCUCCUUUCUCUUCAGGUGCCAAGAGUCUAGUCCGUAGCCCCUCACGUUACAUUCCUUAUGAUUAUAUUUAAACCAAUGAACCAGUUACCUGGUAAAUUGUUGUGCAUGAUGGAAAUCUGAAGCAGAAAUAGAAAAUUUGGAAAAAGUAUACUGGUCUGUCAGUCAUCUCAGAAGUGAACAAACAAGUUAGAUUCUGGGGCAUGAAACCUUAAAAUGUGAAGAAUAAGUUGCAGUCUGGCAUGUUAAUAGCUUCAGAAAAAUAGUGAAGGGGUGGAAUAUACAUUCACAGGCAAACUGCAUGAGGAAGUGUGAUUGGAAUAUUAGAAUAGAUCUGUAUUUUAUCAUUUCAUUCCUGAUGAGCCUCUAAAUUUGUAAGUGUAUAUUUGUUCUUAUGUCAACCCUUCCCACUUUUCUAAUGGGUUUUCACAUACUCCUUAUGUCUUUGAAAAAUAAUCUACAGUAUAUUCAAAAUGAAAAAUCAAUAAAAACAUGUAUGUUCUAAAUUUUACCUACUCUCUCCAGGAAACUCCACAAUUUUCUCUUUCUGAUUAAGUUAGUUACUGGGAUUUGGUUUUGAAUCUUUCAGAAAAUAGUGAUUCGUGAUAAAACUUCAGAAAAUGAGAGGUUGUUGUAAAGUCCGUCAUCGAAGCAUCAAAGUGUCUGUGUAAUUUGGUGUGUGAUUCUAAUUUUGCACAGAAGCAGCAAAUGAUGCUAGUAAUUCAAAUGCAAAUACAUUUUCACCGCAAAUAGUAUGCCGUGGAUAUGGUUAUGAAGCUGGGUGAGAGCUAAGUGAACAGGAAAAGUGUCAUGUUGUAAUUGCAAAUCUAAGAACUUUUGGGUGGAUACUAUUUCACAACUUUUGUAUUUGCAAUUUUGACACAGCCAUUAAAAUUUUCACAUGUUGAUAGUUAUAUAAUGAAGUUUGUUAGACACAAAGUUAAAAACCAAAGUUUUCAUUGUAGAAAUGAUUCCACGUUGGGGAAGAUUUCUGCCAUCACUUAGUGAACUUGUAAAUAUUUCCCACGUAUGUGAUUUUAAAAAUUGCUCUAUAAUAAUGGAAUUCAUUCCUCAAGUAUCAGCCGCUAGACAAAUAAGUUGAUUGUUCACCUUUUCAAAUUUAAGAGUAUUGUACUUUGAAAUUUACUGCCACUUCCUAAAUGGAGCUGACCUUGAGGAUCUUCAGCUCUUGCACCAUCAAGCACUUUACACGGGCAGAAUAGACCUUUGUAGUAAUCUGUCAAAAAGAAAUGCGCUAUUACAUUGGCGCGCAAAUGCAGGAGGUAAGCGAUCCUGGUUUGAGAGAAUAGCCUCAGUGUGCUGUACUGUAUUAUCAUUGUUGCACUGGACUAUACUAUGAAAAAACAUGGCUAAGAGUUUGAAUGCACAGGUCCUGAUACUGCUCCAUUUUACUGAAGCAAGCUGUCUUAAUACGGUGGCAGACUGGUGGACCUUCAAUUUUCGGGGGUCUGUUAUGUCACUGGUUCUCUGAAUGUCAUGUUAUUUAUAUUAAACAGUGUCACUAACAGAGGAAGAGCAGCGUGUCUACCAUUGAUUGCAACUUGUGUUAUUAACAUUUUACCUUAAUGUGGAGAGAGAAUAAGUUAUGGAUCACAAUAUAAUGCCUAGUUUAUUUUGUUAGUAGGAGUCUCUGGUAACUAACCAGAGUUAGUUAUUUAUGAGUGUAUGAAAGAAAACCAGUCUUUCAACUGAAAUAAAAUGGAUGGCUCCCUGCAAAUGGUAUGUUUUAUAUUUUUUACCUUUUAUGCCUUAUGAACUGGAUCCCGAUUCUCAGUUGAAAAGAGCUCACAAUCAGCAUGAACAGGAGAUGGUGUUGGUACAUUUUAUUUCCUUCUUAGAGGAUCAUCACCUUGUUGUGCUGAAGAGGCUUGUGAAUUUCU